CAAUUAUAAUAUUCUGAAUCUUUACUGGCUGCAUGUUCUCAUUCACAAAUUUCCAAUAUUCUAUGAUCGUAAAUUUUAACGUGCCGACAAUUUUUCUGUUGCUGUCAACGUCGUGAAGCAACCAAUUUACUAUAUUAGGUUUGUCGUUUUCUGUUGUAUGUAUGUAUAAAUCAAUAUCCAUAAACUGCAUUCACAACUUCAACCAAUGGCUUUUGUAAUUACUCGCCGCGACGAAGAAACGCCAUUGGUUGUUGCAGAUGAAUCACUGCUUCAACUUCAACCACACAAAAGGCACACAAGAGAUGUUCAUAUUUUGACUGUAUCGUUUUUAUUGAUCUUUCUUACUUAUGGAGCUGCUCAAAAUUUACAGAGCACUCUCAACACUGAGGAGGAUUUGGGUACGAUUUCGCUUGGGAUACUUUAUUUGUCGUUUACGUUUUUUUCUGUGUUUGCUUCUUUGGCGGUGCGGAUUCUUGGAUCUAAGAAUGCUUUGAUUAUUGGAACUUCUGGUUAUUGGCUCUACUUGGCUGCAAAUUUGAAGCCUAAUUGGUAUACACUGGUUCCGGCUUCUGUGUAUCUCGGGUUUUGUGCUUCUAUUAUAUGGGUUGGACAGGGAACAUAUCUAACUUCCACUGCACGCAGUCAUGCUAUAGAUAACAAUUUACAUGAAGGUGCAGUGAUUGGUGACUUCAAUGGAGAAUUCUGGAGUGUGUAUGCACUUCAUCAGUUUAUUGGAAAUCUUAUUACAUUUUCUCUACUCAGUGAUGGGCAGGGAGGAGGUACCAUCGGCACAACUUUAUUGUUUGUAGUCUUCCUUUUUGUCAUGACCUUUGGUGCUAUACUACUGUGCUUCCUGCAUAAACGGAGUGGUAAGAUUGAGGAAGGAUACAAGCAUUCAGAAGCUGAUGCUGGUGAAUCAAAGUCCCUCAAGUCUCUAUGUAGCUCACUCACAAGUGCAUUGUCUGAUGUGAAGAUGUUGUUGAUCAUACCCCUUAUAGCAUAUUCAGGUCUACAACAAGCAUUUGUGUGGGCGGAAUUUACCAAGUACAUUGUAACUCCAGCAAUUGGUGUCUCCGGUGUUGGUAUUGCAAUGGCAGCAUAUGGAGCUUUUGAUGGAAUAUGUUCUCUAGCCGCUGGUCGUCUCACCUCUGGUCUCACAUCCAUUACAUCAAUAGUUUCUUUUGGAGCUUUUGUUCAGGCUCUUGCACUGAUAUUACUUCUGCUAAAUUUCAGCAUAUCUAGCGGAUUUCUCGGUACUUCAUAUAUACUCUUUUUGGCUGCAUUAUUGGGCAUCGGCAACGGAGUUCUAAUGACGCAGCUCAAUGCUUUGCUAGGAAUGCUAUUUAAGCAUGACAUGGAAGGGGCUUUUGCACAGCUAAAGAUAUGGCAAAGCGCUACAAUUGCUAUCGUGUUCUUUGUGGCCCCAUACAUUUCACUCCAAGCAGUUAUCAUAGUGAUGUUGGUUGUACUAUGCCUGUCAUUCUGCAGUUUUCUAUGGUUGGCUCUCAAGGUGGGGAAUGCAUCAUCACUCUCCACCAGUGAGUGAAUAUAAUGUUUCUUUUAUGCUCUGUCAUCUUUGUUUUAUGGUGGCAUUGCCUUCAGUUGAUUCAAUUGUAUAGAUUGUAACAGUUAUAAUUUAUUAGUUCAUAUGGCUAUUAGUUAUUUACUGAAGAAUAUUUGGGAUGAGGUAAUAAGAUGUUCACAGAAUGAAAGUUCUCUCUCUCACAUGUACAAGUUAUUUUGGAUUAAGCUUCUCUAAAGUUGUAAAUAACUAGCAAAGUGAGAAAAAUUAAGUGCUGAUACUUCCGUCAUCCACCAAUGAUUUAAUAUACACAAGUAUUUAAUAUUAACCAAUGAUUUCUUCUAAAACAACUUUCAUGAUUAUCUCUUUGUCACCAACCAACCUUAGAGAUAAAUGAUAGUCUUGAGCUUCCUCACCUAUAACAAAUUUUGAAAAUAAUCUUGGGCAUAUCAUUCAUGAAUGCGACAAGAUAAGAAUUCCUAGCAUGAUGAGUAGAAAUGUAGUAGUUGAAGGAAGCACAACAGAGAAUCAUCAUAAAAUCGAGACAACCUCAAAACAGACUUCGAGACAAUGUGUUGAAGUAAAGGGAGGUCAUAGAAAUUCCUUUAGGGAGCAAGGAAACAGUUCACAAUUGAAACACUUAGUGGGAGAGGGUCUGCACAUGGAAGCUCGGACUCACACCAAAGGAGGCAAUCAAGACAUAAUUGAGAAGGCUGGGUUGCAGGCAAUAUUUAUGGAGGAUACAGAACCGUUGCAGCUGGGUAGUAUGCAGGAAACUGGCUUGCAGUCAAGUACAAGCUGGAAAACUUCAAGUUUCUCAUAUGUCAAGGAAGGACCAACUAGCUAGCUGAUAUUCUGACCAAGCCUUUACCAAGUUUGAAGAUAUUAGCGACAAGAUUUAAAUUUAUUGACGGUAACUUAAUCUUGAGAGGGCAUA